AUGAUCUCGACGUCGCCCGGCUCGGACACGUACGGGUUGCUCGAGGGGUCGUGUUCGAGCGGGCCGUCGAACGGGAUGCCUCUGAACGUGUGGCUCUCGCUCCGGUUGCGAGUCUCCACCUCGUCGUCGUCCUUGAUCAUGUUCUCCUUGUCUGAGACGUCAGUGUCAGAGUCAGAGUCGUUGGACAUCUCUUUCUCCAGACGGAGACUCUUAUUUGGGGCUGCACCGUUCUUUAGCUUGGAAUCGUCGCCGUCAUCCGACUCCUCAGACUCGGGGUCGUCAGUAUCGGCCUCGGAGUCAACGUCUAGGUCCACCGUGUUAAGGUUCGACCCGGACAAAAUCGACGACCAGAUCUUCACCAGAAGCUCGUAG